AUGAGCAAUGAAAGGAACUAUAACUUGUCUCCAGAAGGCAUUGCAAAACAGAUCAACCUGAUAUCAAGAGUCCAUGGGCUUGAACAAGCAGAGAGAUAUUUUAGAGGCCUCCCUGAUGCUAAAGUUGAGUUUAAGAUAUAUGCUGCUCUUUUAAGAUGCUAUGUGCAUCAUAAAUCUCUGGAGAAAGCAGAGGCAGUCAUGAAGAAAAUUAAGGAGUCUCAUCCUGCGAAUAUAACUAUGUGUUAUAAUAUGGUGUUGAAUCUCUAUGCUCAGAUGGGGUUAAAUGCAUAUGUGGCCGCCUUAGACAUAAAGGGUAUGGAGAAGUUGCUUAUGGAAAUGGAAGCUGAUCCCUUGGCAACCAUUGACUGGUGUACAUACACUACUGCAGCAAAUGGUUAUCGGAAAGUACAUAAUUUUGAGAAGGUCACGGCAAUGUUAAAGAAAUCAGAGCAUUUAGCCAGAGGCAAGACUAGGAGACUUGCUUAUGAAUCUAUUCAAAUUAUGUAUGCAAUGAUUGGGAACAAGGAUGAGCUGGAUGACAUUGAUGAGGCAGAGAAGAUCUUGGAAGAAUGGGAAUCUAAAUAUGUAGAUUUUGAUGCCAGAAUUCCAAAUUUGAUGAUCACUGCUUAUUGUAAACGGGGUCAGUUCGAUAAGGCUGAGGCCUAUAUCAAACGGCUUUUGGAUGGUGGCAAGCAAUUAGAUGGAAGAACAUGGGACCUAAUGGCAUCUGGCUAUCACGCAGGUAAUGAUAUGGAGAAAGCAGUUCAGGCAAUGAAGAAAGCUGUCUCGGCAAAUCUAAGUAGACCACUUCCCUUUGUUCUGAUUGCAUGUGUUAAAUACCUGAAAGAGAAAGGAGACUUGGAUUUAGCCCUUGAGAUUCUCAAGUUAUGCUUAGAGAAAAGGCAUAUCUCAGUCACUCGCUAUGAUGGAUUGGUAAGUUAUGUUCAUAGUGAAACCCCGGAUACAGAACCCCUUGAUCUUAGUAACGGAGAUUAUCAAACGAUAAAGAUGAAAGCACUCAACUUCUUAGUAGGGAGAACUGAUUGUUGA